GUGGAGAAUAUCGCUGGGGGAACAAGUAGCAGCGCAGGAAAGCCCGGCUCGCUGAAGCCGGCCAUGCCGGGAUCGUUCAAACCGGCCUUCGGUCAGAUGGGGAAGCCUGAGUUUGCGCCGAUCGGCAAGCCAGACAUUGCACCCGUGACCCCAGUCGCGGUGGGUGGUGGGAAGCCGCCAGCAAUGGGUGGGAAACCAGCUACUAUGGGCUCCUUGAAACCUGCGAUGCCUGGAGGGGGCGUGGAUACGAAAAAACCCUUUGAUAAGGGGUGGGGCGGCCUGAAUCCAUUCGGAAAUAAGGGGAGCCUGAACCCAUUUUUAUCCCAUGUGAGAAAACUUUUGCCCUUCACCUACCUGUCGGUAAAAAUGAAUAAAUUUGCAUUCUCUACAAAUAAGUAGAUGAAGAUAUCUUACACGUCGCCUUUUGUCUUGCAUGAAGCAACUACGAGUCCGGCCGCUCUUGAGUGCAGAAGGAGACAACGAGCGGCUGAUGAAACUGAAUUGUCAUGAGGCAACCCCAACCGCAUUGAUUACUCCUCUCAUCUGAAGAACUGAUGUCGAAACUUGGUCCUGAUGGUGGCAGAAAGUUUCCGCGUGAUACGUGAAAGACGGUGGCGGCGCCGCUCCGGGAGCCGAUAGUUCCUGGAUGCUUCGCUACAACAGUCCCGUUGAUGCUGGUGGUGGUCUCAACAAAGGCCAGAAUCGCCUCCAAAGUCCAGCUCCCGGAGCAGGUGGAAAGAGUCAACAAGUAGCCGCGCCGCAGUACGAUCCGCGGCAAGUAGCCUCGGCACCCCGAUACCAGAGCCCCACGGGUGGCAAAGAUCAGAGUUCCUGGGAUGGUGCAGACGUCACGUCAACGAGUUUGUUUGACCCGAAUCAGGUAUCGUGGAGUCUCUUCGACAACCAGACCGGCUUGGGAGCAGGACUCACUGGAGGUAAGGGGAAAGGCCCACCUAAAGGAGGAGAUAGCUCCUGGGGUCUUUUCGACCAGACCACUGGCUGGAGCGGAAAGCAAGGAGGGAAAGGAACAUGAAGGACUAAAGCAUAAUUGCUACUUCAUCUGAAAGCGCGCUACACGAGAACCUUUGUCCAGAAUUUUCACAGCAAAACCGACAUUCUGGUACGGUCUUCGUGACGGUGUACUACUUCUGCUCAGAAAUUACCAGACGUUUAUUUUCAAGGACAAAUUGAUUUUCAGGCAGCUCACACAAAUUAAUGCCAUAAUUUCGAUUUCAUUUUUUUUCUAUUCCAUUCAAGCAGAUGAAAACCCGGACAUGUGUACCAUAACAAUUUCCGUGAAACUUUUUUCAGAAAUACAACUCACAAGCCGAAGCCUGAUAAAGGUUCUAGAAGCUUUGUUUUUCUCGAACAUGAUGUAGAUACAACAACUCAACGCCGGCCUUUCUGCCUUUUGCAGAAAGGACCAAGCACAACUCGUUUGAUUUUGAUUUUGAUUUUCAUACAAGUAGUGGAAGUGUUGCAAAAAACUGCUUGCCGUAGCAGUAGCACCGUUGAUUUUCAGUUACAGCCCUGAAUCUGAUUCAGAUUCAUCUCGAAUAAUUUGUAAGAUAAAGAAAAUUUCUUCGCAGAUGAAACAGCUCCUACAGCUUCCUGAGUACUACUAUGCCACGGAUUUUCAUUUCAAAAAUUUUCAUUUGUUAGUAUGCAGCAAGAGAUUUUUUUUCAUCUUCAAGCAAUCGCACAAGCAAAAUAGUGACCGAAACGUAAAGAGUCAAGCAAUCAUAGGAUUUUUCUGUCUGCCUAGGCAUUAGAGCAAGAAACCGAGAAAAGCAAAAACCUGAAGAAUGUGAGUCUCAUUUUGAGAACCGGCAUUUUUCUAAAGGAUAUUUCGUCUUCGACCUCAUUUUAUAUGAAGUUUUUGCAUCGUGAUCGUCCGCCUGUAAGAUUUUUGUUCACCGCCCAAGAAAAUUUUCAAAAUGCAUCGUGUUAAUGCUUCGUAAGAAUCCAUACAAGCUUUAUUAUUUUCUAUCAAUGUACACAAAGGAAUAAAGAAAGUAAAAAACAUGGUUUUGGUUGAACUUGAAGCGGUCCCGG